GCUCAGGAGUACCGGAGUCGGAAAAAUGGUGGCCAGUGCUCGAGUGCAGAAGCUCCUCCGACGGUACAAACUAGCGAUCGCGGCCGCGUUAACUAUCCUCCUGAUCCAAGGGCUUGUAGUAUGGAGUCUGAGAAGUCUGGAGGAAGGCGAGGCGGAGAGAAAAACGAGACGAUCUAAGCUGCCUGACCACAACAGUCAGGACCCCAAGAGAGACGGUGCACUCUGGGAGAAACAAAAUUCUUUAUCGGGGAAGAACAAGGGCAGAUGGAGCGCCAGGUUGGAGAAGAUGGGGGGCACAGCAGCCAGCGCAUUGAGGAGAGGGAACAGCCGCCGAGGAGGAAAGCCCAGCAUCAGGCUGAAGAGUCCCCAAGCUCGGGGGAUGACGGGGGCGGGACUAGAUGGUGUUGUCCUCCAUGAUCUGUCCAGCAGCCGUAACUUCAGUGAUGCCCGCGGCGGCGCAGAUGGGGCAGCUAAGUUACCAGCUGUUGCGAUACCAGGGGAGCCGGGCAGUGUGGACGGAGCGCACCAAGCCCCCAACAGUGACUUUGUACCGAAAUGUGAUAUCAUAGGCAAGGACGCGCUGUCUGCCCUCCAUCGUGCCGGGUCACAGCAGUGCAGACAGGAGAUCGCCAACAUCGUGUGCCAGCAUCAGGCCGGGCAACUCAUGCCAGACGCGCUUCCUCAGUUCUGCCCACAGCUCGGUAUAUCACAUCCGGUUCAGGCCGUUGGUGAGCUGGACAACAGCCUGUCCAAGGUGGAGAACCCUGUCAGGGUGGCUUUUGUUCUGAUGGUCCACGGUCGUGCUGUACGGCAGCUCAAGCGUCUCAUCAAAGCCAUAUACCACCGUGAUCACUAUUACUACAUCCACGUGGACAAGCGAUCCGGCUACAUGCAUCGAGAGGUCCUGCAGAUAGCCCAGCAGUUCCCAAAUAUACGAGCCACUCCCUGGAGGAUGGUCACCAUCUGGGGAGGAGCCAGCCUUCUGAAGGCCUACCUACGCAGCAUGCAGGACCUGCUCUCCAUGCUGGAUUGGAAAUGGGAUUUUUUCAUCAAUCUCAGUGCCACGGACUUCCCCACUAGGACCAAUGAUGAACUGGUGGCGUUCCUGUCGCUGCACAGAGACAAAAACUUUCUCAAGUCCCAUGGGAGAGAGAAUGCACGGUUCAUUAAGAAGCAGGGUCUUGACCGUCUCUUCCACGAGUGCGACAACCACAUGUGGCGUCUUGGCGAGCGCAACAUCCCAGAAGGCUUAGAGGUCUCAGGUGGCUCUGAUUGGUUUGCUCUCACCCGCCGCUUCGUGGAGUACGUCAUCAACUCCCAGGAUGACCUGGUGUCGGGGCUGAAGCAGUUCUAUUCCUACGCUCUGCUCCCUGCUGAGUCCUUCUUCCACACAGUGCUUGGAAACAGCCAUAUGUGUGACACCCUGGUGGACAAUAACCUGCGAGUCACCAACUGGAACCGUAAGCUGGGCUGUAAAUGCCAGUAUAAACACAUUGUUGACUGGUGUGGCUGCUCUCCCAAUGAUUUUAAACCACAAGACCUCAUUCGGAUCCAGCAAUUAACUCGUCCAACAUUCUUUGCCCGUAAGUUUGAGUCAGCAGUGAACCAGGAGGCCAUAGACAUCCUGGACACUCACCUGUAUGGCCAGUAUGCUCCAGGAACUGUUGCUAUCAAGGCAUAUUGGGAGAGUCUGUUUGAACAGUUGGAUGGUGUGGGCUCUCUCAGUGACGUGGCUCUCACUGCAUACACUUCUUUCUUUCGCCUUGGCCUGAAAAGUCUGGUGACUACUCAGAGCAAUGUAGAGGCCUGCAGGUUUGAACCAGUCGGCUUCCCUCUCUCCAUACAUUUGUACUUUUAUGAUGAGCGUUUCCAAGGGUACCUGGUUCGUCAAGAAGUCCAGGCUGUUGGGUCAAAAGCAAGGGAGACGAUAGAGAUGUGGGCAGUGCCUCAAGCAACACUUGUCCUUGAGACAAACCUUAAAGAAUAUGAAAGACUCAAGAACCUGGAAAUCGGUACAGAUUGGGAUCCCAAGGAAAGGAUUUUCCGUAACUUUGGUGGGGUGAUUGGCCCUUUGGAUGAACCACUGGCAGUCCAGAAGUGGGCUCGUGGUCCAAAUCUCACAGCCACUAUUGUGUGGAUCGACCCAGCUCUGGUGGUCGCAGCAUCUUAUGACAUUACUGUGGAUGUGGAUGCAGAGUACACCCAGUACAAACCGCCAUUGCAGCACCCUCUGCGGCCUGGUACAUGGACAGUACGGGUGUUAAAACAAUGGGAGCGUAUUGCAGAAGUUCGCUUCCUUGUCAUGCCAUUAACCUUCAACAAUAAAGAGCCACUACGCAAAGAGGAGGACAACUGGCUCCAUGCAGGACCUCCCAGUAACUUAUACCUGGAGCAGAGCUUCCAGCAGCUGAACUCUGUGCUGAAGCUUCCUCCCCAGGAGCCCGCCAUGCAGCUGGCCCAGCGUAACGCCCAGCUGGUGGGUCAACCACUAGAAACAUGGGUAGACAGCCUCGUGGGGAUGUACUGGGUUAUAGGUGACCUGUGCACCAUGCAGACUUCCUCUUGCCUGGCCUUGGCGUCUUGCUCCAAGACUGCCUGGAGCUCCCUGUCCCCAGACCCGAAGUCCGAACUGGGCCCAGUCAAAAGUGAUGGGCGGAUCAGGUAGCCCCAAGAGAAGAGGAGCUUUGGACUCUAUCACAUACACAGGAAGACUGCAGGCGAGCUGGACCUACAUUGGAGACUUCUAGAAGAACCUGUGUGAACCAGAUGUCGUCUGUGAGGUCGGCUAAGAGAUCAAGGGCACAUAAACAUCCACAAGGCAUCUUCCUGUACCGAGGAGUCUAACAUCCUCAGUGAAAUGGUAAAACAGACUUGAGGGUAUGACUGCUGGAAAUUUGCACAUGUGUACUGUGAGCGCAUAAAUCCUUGUGUCAUUGUUUGCUGAUUGGGUACAUGAAUGCCAGAUAUAUUGUUGUUUUCAGCUGGCACACAGGCUUCCAGUCGGGGUCUGUCUGGGUCGGAGUCUGUUACUAAGCCUCCGCACAUGUUUGAACUCUGUUUGCAGUUUUCCUCUGCUUUGAAAGAAUCAGGAAGCAGGUGUCAAAACUCAGCAGCAGGCUCUGUGCUGUGUUCUAUCUUCAUUUCAAGGGAGAGUGGAACGUCUGAAUCAUAUUAUUGUGCUUAUUUUGAAGCAUUAUUUUGUAAGCAUGUGGAACAGACAGAUGAAGUGCACUUUACUGUAAGACUGUGACACACAGGUCACUUGGUUACAGUGUGAGGAGUAGAUUGUUAAUAAGUCAUGGAUGAGGUCACAUCUCUUUGUCGAUUACCAGUAGGCAAAUACCUGCACCUCAGUCCCUAUUGCACAGACACAUCAGUAAAUACUUGGGCUGUAACUUGGGUAAGCAAAGAAGGUGAGGGUCUUAGGUAUAGAGUCUUAUUUUGUAUUCUGUUUACUGUGACGUAUCACUUUUGAACAUGUCAUUGUUUUAUGCAUUUGUUGUGUCUCUUAGUUUCCUGAACUGGCUGUAAAGUGUUAAAUAGUUUUUCUGUUGUUGCAGAAAAGCCACUCGGUGUUGUUUUUCUGGUCAGAGGAUGUGCCUAGACAGCUAUCAACAGUACGGAUUAAAAAGUCCUCUGAAAUAUUUGACAAAACAACCUCAACUCAAAACAUGCACAGUUUCUUGAUAACUGGGCAAACAUCACUUGCUGAUAGUGAUGUGCAACAUGCUUUAAAACUCCAUAACAAAGAGAAAGCGGACCUUGAGCUGAGAUUGUUUUAUUUGUGCUGUAUCCACCGUAAAGAAUCAACUCUCACGCUGAGAGUAUAUGAAUUUUGUGUUGUAUUUGACUCUACUCUGAGUACAGCCAGUUUAGCAAGGUUAAGAAAAUGUGGAUACAAAUUUAAAGGAAAAGUUUUGGAAAAUAUAUUUUUUCACUUUUUUGCAGUUGGAUGGCAAGGUUGAAACCAUUCUCAUGUUAGCUUAGCCUGGCAUUUAGAAGAAAAAUCCACCCACUAGCACCUUUAAACCUCACUUGUUUGGUUUAUCUUCACAAAAAUGAAGCAAAUGAAAUAAAUAAUUUUUUGUGGGUUGAUGGGUCAGGACUGUUGACUCCCAGGUCUCAUAACCUCCCAUAAAAUGAUAAUUGGUCGGUUUUAUUAAUGGUAAAAAAUGUUGUACAGACUAAACAAGAUGAAACUUGUUUAGUGAGCCUUACAGGUAGUGCAGGUGGAUAUUGUUACCUUUACUACAGAUCUUGCUCUUCUACACUUAGUACUAUGCUAAACUAACCAGCACUUGGUGGUUGCUUUUUUCCCCACAAGUUACAUGUGUGACAGUGGUAUCGAUCUUCUCUUGGCAAGAAAGCAAAUAUAUUUCCUAAAAUGCCAAACUUCUCCUUUAAAUGCAAGGCUUUUCGAUUGCAGACUAUUAUACCUCCUGUGUAUCUGUUCAUAUGCAAUAUUGUCUCGCCCUGUGUGUUUGUGUGAUCUGUUUGCCCUCACAGGUCAAUUAUUGUUUAAUUUCUUAAGGUUCAAUUCAUUUAAACUUUUUGCGUCCACCAACCAAAAACAGUACACUGCAUGUUUGUGUUCAUAUUUUAGUGUGAUCCAGAGAAUCUAAGCUGCCUUCAUGUCAAAAAGAUGAAUUGUUUACUACGGGAUAAUAGCUUCCAGAGAUGUGCAAUUAAUGCCUUGAAUAGUGAAACCCCCAAAUCUGUGUUUUAGUUUGUAUUUUUACUUAUUUUUAUGUUCUUAAAUAACAGUUGGCCACCAUAUGAGUUUUCAAGUGACCUUGUUUAGGUUGCACAGGACAGUUGCUUCAGUGAAGCCCUAGUUUAAUUGGGAUGAGAGAGCAGAAUAAUGGGUGUAACAGAUGUUAUUUUUCUAUCCUGUCUGAGACGAAUUAUGUAUGUUGUCCGUUCAUCUCUUAGCACUCUAAACUAUUAGAACUGCUGUCUAAUUGUGUUACAGUCAACAGUCCACCUGUUGGGUGUCAUUUGAAGCAGACCUUCUGUGUUUUGGGAGGAUGGGAGGUUGAGGUUUCCGUCCGUGCUGCUGUGAUAAGCGGCAGCAGUCUGGCUGGUGAGUCAUCCAGGGGCUCUGUGGCUCUUAUCUGAGUCGGGGGCUUUAGCCUGUCACUGUAAAAGCCUCUGGUAAAGCUCAUCGCGUGGACAUCCUGACUGAUGACUCAAUAAAAACACUUAGAUUAA